AUCCACUCAACUCCACUCACCAUCACAACAACCAUCUCCAUCACCCACCACAACCACAUCUCCAUCCUCAUCUACCAACAACAUGGCCCGCACUAAGCAGACCGCCCGCAAGUCCACUGGUGGCAAAGCCCCCCGCAAGCAGCUCGCAUCCAAGGCAGCUCGUAAGAGUGCGCCGUCUACCGGUGGUGUCAAGAAGCCUCACCGCUACAAGCCCGGAACCGUCGCUCUCCGUGAGAUCCGUCGCUACCAGAAGUCGACUGAGCUCCUCAUCCGCAAGCUGCCCUUCCAGCGUCUUGUCCGUGAGAUUGCCCAGGACUUCAAGUCCGAUCUCCGCUUCCAGUCCUCCGCCAUCGGUGCUCUUCAGGAGUCCGUCGAGGCCUACCUCGUCUCCCUCUUCGAGGACACCAACCUCUGCGCCAUCCACGCCAAGCGUGUCACCAUCCAGAGCAAGGACAUCCAGCUCGCCCGCCGCCUCCGUGGUGAGCGUGGUUAAGCUUCUCAACAACACAUCGACACGACAUGACAACUUCUUCGGGUCAGUGAUUGGAUUGGGUCUUUAGUGGUUAGGAUAUCAAGGCGUUUAUAGGGUUUCAUGGUUCACGGUCUUCAACUCGGUUUAUGAGUGCACACGAGCGGUGCUGAGCAUGUAGUAUAUCCAGGUUAAUCAGUGAUGGUCACUGGCGAUAUUAUCUCGA